GGUAGCAGACAGGUGCCGGAGAAAUCCCUGAAAAUUUCGUCUACACUGUAUGUUGGCAACCUGUCUUUCUACACCACCGAGGAGCAGAUCCAGGAGCUCUUCUCCAAGUGUGGAGACGUCAAGAGGAUUGUCAUGGGGCUGGACAAGAUCAAGAAAACCCCCUGUGGCUUCUGCUUUGUCGAAUACUACACAAGAGCAGACGCGGAACAUGCAAUGCGAUUUAUCAAUGGCACACGUCUAGAUGACCGCAUCAUUCGAACAGACUGGGAUGCGGGGUUUAAGGAGGGGCGACAGUAUGGAAGAGGAAAGACUGGAGGACAGGUGCGAGAUGAGUACCGGACAGACUAUGAUGUGGGAAGAGGUGGCUUUGGCAAGAUCAUUCAGAUGCAGAAGGCAAAUCAUCAGCCUGCAAUCUAUUAAUUGCCUCGUGGGUCCUAGCUCAUAGAGGGCUCUGUCCUUUCAGAACUAGCCCUGUUUUCUCGCAUUUUGGAUUGGGGUAGGGAGUGAGAUCCAAGUUCCAGCAAAAGGUGACCCUCCUUAGACUGUGGAUAUACAUGUAUUCAUUCCCGCUUCUUUCUGGGCUAGAGACAAUGUUCUGUGUUGAUACAGGGCAACAAGGGAAAAAAAUGGACAGCUCUGCAAGAUUCUGGGUAAGAAGAAAUGCAGCAUGUCACACACACCUCAUGCUAUGACAUACAACUCUUCACGUUGCAGCUAGGCAGGUGUCUUCCUCCAAGCUAUGACUGCAGCCAUGGUUGCUCUCAAAUGGAACUUCUUAAAAGCUUACUGCCAUGAGAGCCCUCCAGGUGCCUGGGCGCUUUGUGGGGAUGCACAAGAGAUUUCUAAUUUACAGGCUCAUCUGCUUACAAAGCAGUAUCACUGUUUGGAUGAGAGAAGUGGAACAAGGUCUUACCAUACACUUGGAGGUGCUUGUCUGCACAUCUAGCCCUUGGGUUGUUCAGGGCCUGCAGAGCAUUUCUCUUUAUGAUGCCCCCAGUGCUGCCUGGUUUUUUGGAUCCUCGCUGUUCAGCAUGAUUUUGUUAAAAGUUUAUUUUACUUUUUUUAAAUAAACAGUUGUAUUGGGUCUG